CAAAGAGCGAGGAGGAGGAGGAGGAAGAAGAGGACACUCGGACUCGGCUACAUUCCUGUGCAGAGAAAGGCGGGAGGCGGCGUUAGCCCUUUACGGACAGCUGGGUCCGGCGCUGCUCUCAGCUGCUGUCGGCGUAUUUACAGCCGGCUCUCCCGGCCGUGGGAGGAGGAGGACGGAGAAACAACCAUGUAAGUUCCCAGUUGCCGGGGGUCCUGUGAGAAGAUGGGGGAUGCCGCAGACGCCAAGGAGAUGAGGAAGACUUUCAUUGUUCCUGCCAUCAAACCCUUUGACCAUUAUGAUUUCUCCCGAGCGAAAAUCGCCUGUAAUCUGGCCUGGCUGGUGGCCAAAGCCUUUGGGACAGAGAAUGUUCCAGAAGAGCUCCGAGAGCCGUUUUACACAGACCAGUAUGACCAGGAGCACAUCAAACCACCUGUUGUGAACUUGCUGCUGUCUGCCGAGCUCUACUGUCGUGCUGGGAGCCUUAUUCUCAAGAGUGAUGCUGCAAAACCACUUCUAGGUCAUGAUGCUGUUAUACAAGCCCUGGCACAAAAAGGCCUUUAUGUCACUGACCAAGAAAAGUUGGUGACCGAACGAGAUCUCCACAAAAAACCAAUUCAGAUGAGCGCUCACUUGGCCAUGAUCGACACGCUCAUGAUGGCUUACACUGUGGAGAUGAUCAGCGUAGAGAAAGUCAUCGCAUGCACUCAGCAGUACUCAACCUUCUUCCAGCCUACAGAGGUACCCUAUGACAUUGAGGAUGCUGUCAUGUACUGGAUAAACAAGGUAAAUGAGCAUUUGAAAGACAUCAUGGAACAGGAACAAAAACUAAAAGAGCAUCACAGUGCCGAAUCUGCAGGAGGUCAAAAGUCUCCUACCAAAUGGUUUUGGAAACUGGUUCCUGCUCGUUACCGGAAGGAGCAAACGUUGCUGAAGCAGCUGCCCUGCAUUCCAUUGGUGGAGAAUCUGCUGAAGGAUGGUACAGAUGGCUGUGCUCUGGCAGCCCUGAUCCACUUCUACUGCCCAGAUAUCAUUAAACUGGAGGAUAUUUGUUUGAAAGAUACAAUGUCUUUGGCUGACAGCCUAUAUAAUCUACAGCUGAUUCAAGAAUUUUGUCAGGAAUACCUCAACCAGUGUUGCCAUUUCAGUCUUGAGGAUAUGCUCUAUGCAGCUUCUUCAAUAAAGAGCAAUUACAUGGUGUUCAUGGCAGAAUUGUUCUGGUGGUUUGAAGUGGUGAAGCCAUCAUUUGUACAACCCCGUGUUGUUGUGCAUCCCCAAGCUGAACCUGCAAAAGAUGCAGCUUCUGCUCACAGCUUGAAUGCUAACAGAAGAAAUUAUGUGGAUGGUCCAUCUGGUUCUGACUUUGUAGCCAGAUUGGAAAGUCCAGCUUACACACCCCCUCACCAACUGCAUACACCCCAGCAGCCUUAUUCAUCUGUUCCAGGAGUCAUCAGAAGGUCCACAUCAAUGUCUUAUGUAGAUGGGCAAGUAGGGACAUGGCCCAAAGAGAAAAGGUCAUCAUUACAUGGAGUUUCAUUUGACAUUCCUUUUGACAAAGAGAAAAGCAUUCCAGCAUCUGCUCCAAGCAGAGGAAUUCCUAGAUCUGUGAGCAAUGAAGGCCUUACAGGAAACAUCAACCGUGUGCCGAAGCAUUCUCGAAAAAAUCUGUCCUUCAAACCAGUAAAUGGAGAAGAGGAGAAUCAAGACAUUGAAGAGGAAAAGGACAUGACAAAGGCCAAUCAGCCUCUUAAUGCAAAUCAAAGAAAUGCCAAUGAGAGCAGACACUACAGGUUUCCAAAUGGAGCUCUGCAAAACAGGGCAGUUCUGGAUGAUUUUGGCAAUCAGAUUGAGACGCCGAGCAUUGAGGAGGCUUUGCAGAUAAUUCAUGAUACUGAAAAAUCUCCCAGACUUCUCCAAACAGACCAAAUUACAAAUGGGUUCUUUCUUCACAAUCGGGAAAUGAGCAUCUUGAAUUCAAACAUUAAACCCAAUCAGACUACCCCAGAUAUCAUCACAGACACUAAGGGUGCUCUGAGUCCUGUGACUGACAACACAGAGGUAGAUACUGGAAUACAUGUCCCAUCAGAAGAUAUCCCAGAGACAAUGGAUGAGGAUUCUUCUUUGAGAGAUUACACUGUAAGCAUGGACUCUGACAUGGAGGAACCAUCUAAAUUUCUCCAGGAUUACGACAUGCGGGCUAGCAAUCACAGAGAUCAAUUAAGUCCCUGUCCCAGCUCAGUAAGUACUAAAUCACAGGCAGGCAGCAGUGCUUCUUCCAGCUCAGGGGUUAAAAUGACCAGCUUUGCUGAGCAGAAAUUCAGGAAGCUGAAUCACACAGAUAGUAAAAGCAGUGGAAGCAGUUCUCAGAAAACCACACCAGAAGGUUCUGAGCUGAACAUCCCUCAUAUGGUAGCUUGGGCUCACAUUCCUGAGGAGGCAUCUGUUCCUCAGGGAAGAGACACUACACAGUUACUGGCUUCUGAAAUGGUACAGCUGAGGAUGAAGCUAGAGGAAAAGAGGCGAGCCAUUGAAGCACAGAAGAAGAAAGUUGAAGCUGCAUUCACAAAGCAGCGGCAGAAAAUGGGAAGAACAGCAUUUCUCAAUGUUGUGAAAAAGAAAGGGGAUGGGGUAUCACCUCUCCGAGAGGAAGCAGCAGGAGCUGAAGAUGAGAAGGUAUUCACUGACAGCAAUCGGUUGAAAGAAAAAGAAACUCAAAAAUCAGAUGACCAAACUAGUAAGACUUCAGAAUUAAUAAAAGAAAACCCAGAAAAUUCUCAUAGCAAAUGGUUAAAAUCUCCUGCUACUUCUGGGGAUGCUGAAAAGCAAUGGAAUUUAGCAAGCCCCUCAGAAGAAAAUCUUAAUGAUGGAGAUCUCUUAGAAUAUACAAAAUCUAUUGAAAAACUGAACUCUUCCCUACACUUUCUACAGCAAGAAAUGCAACGUCUAUCCCUUCAGCAGGAGAUGCUGAUGCAGAUGAGAGAGCAACAGGCUUGGGUUAUUUCUCCUCCUCAGCCUUCUCCUCAGAAGCAGAUUCGGGACUUUAAGUCUUCUUCAAGGCAAGGGGGAACUCCAGCUCCUGUUGCACCUUUCUCACAGGACUCUCCUCGCUCUACACAUCAAUCUCCACAAUCUUCCAACAGGAAGAAUGCCUCUUUUCACAUUAAAAUGCAAAGGACUCCUAGGCCAAAUGAGCUGAAAAUAACGCCUCUAAACCGUACCUUGACUGCGCCACGCUCUGUGGACAGCCUUCCCCGUCUGAGGAGGUUUUCCCCCAGUCAGGUUCCCAUUCAGACCAGAUCGUUUGUUUGCUUUGGAGAUGAUGGUGAACAUGUAAGCGAACCUCAGUUAAAGGGAAAUCUUUCGAAAGAAGUCAAGCCUACAGAAGAGGUAGCAAAAGAAGAAGGACCAAAAUUGCCAAAACAGGGUGAGCAGAAGUUGGAGGAAAAGGAGAUUAAGCCUAUUGAAUCUAAUGUUUCUGAAGUGUUAUCUCAGCCUAUCACAGAAACCGUCUGCCUCACCCCAAAUGAAGAUCAGCUAAACCAACCCAUUUUACCACCUCCAGCUCCCAAAACAGCUAACUUAAUUGAAGUUUCCCUAUCAGAUUUGAAGCCACCAGAAAAAAGUGAGGUAUCUGUUGAGAAAUACGAAGGUGAGAGUGAUAGAGAACAGUUUGAAGAUGACCAGAAAGUAUGUUGUGGAUUCUUUUUUAAGGAUGAUCAAAAGGCAGAAAAUGAUAUGGCAAUGAAACGAGCAGCGUUGUUGGAGAAGCGUUUGAGAAGGGAAAGAGAGACUUUGCUUCGAAAGCAGCAGCUGGAAGCAGAACUAGAACAUAAGAAGGAAGAGACAAGACGCAAAACAGAAGAAGAACGUCAGAAGAAGGAGGAUGAACGAGCACGGCGAGAAUUUAUUAAGCAGGAAUACAUGAGAAGGAAACAACUAAAGCUUAUGGAAGACAUGGAUACUGUCAUAAAGCCACGUUCCCUCUCAAUCAAACAGAAAAAGCCACGUCCAAAAUCUAUUCACAGAGAUCAUAUUGAAUCACCUAAGACACCAAUCAAAGGUCCACCAGUAUCUAGUCUUUCAUUGGCAUCGCUGAAUACAGGGGACAAUGAGAGUGUGCAGUCAGGCAAGAGAACACCAAGGUCUGAAUCUGUGGAAGGAUUUUUAUCCCCAAGUCGCUGCGGGAGUCGUAAUGGAGAAAAAGAUUGGGAAAAUGCAUCUACAACUUCUUCAGUUGCCUCUGCUACAGAAUACACAGGACCAAAGCUCUUCAAGGAACCCAGUGCUAAAUCAAAUAAGUAUAUAAUUCAGAAUGCACUGGCACAUUGCUGCCUGGCUGGAAAAGUGAAUGAAGGUCAAAAGAAAAAGAUUCUGGAGGAAAUGGAAAAAUCUGAUGCCAAUAAUUUCUUAAUCUUGUUCCGGGAUUCAGGCUGCCAGUUCAGAUCUCUGUAUACAUACUGCCCUGAUACUGAAGAAAUCAAUAAAUUAACAGGAAUAGGUCCCAAGUCUAUCACAAAGAAAAUGAUAGAGGGACUGUAUAAAUACAACUCUGACAGAAAGCAAUUUAGCCACAUACCUGCCAAAACUCUGUCUGCCAGUGUUGAUGCAAUUACCAUUCACAGCCAUUUGUGGCAAACCAAGAGACCAGUAACUCCUAAGAAACUCUUACCCACCAAGGCAUAGUAGAUGGGAAAAAUUUGCUUGAGACAAUUAUGAUAAACUUGCACUUCAUCUUUACUGCCUAUAGGAAAUAGAUUUCUAGUUGCCAACAAGACUCUUAGAACUUAAAACUGGACACCAAGUUCUAUUAUCAUGUCCAACUGGAAUGUAAACACAGUGUUUAGGAGUGCAGAAGAUAACUCUUAGGUGAAUAAUUAUGAGUGAUUACGGAAAUGUUUGACUUGUGUGGAGAUUUGUAUGUGCUAAUGCAACAUAUAGAGUAUAUUUGCUCUGUAUUUUGAUUAGAUACACUGAAGCACUGAAUGUUCCUCUUUAGUGACUCAAACUACAUUUUUUACAUCUGUUGCCUUAUAUGUUUGUAUUUGUGCUUGUCUUGAAAUAUUUUUCUUUCACUAAAGAAAAACUUAAUAUUCUCAAUACCAUUGAACUUUGCAUACUGACUUACAGUAAAGACUAAAUGAUAAAUUGUAUGUCACUGAAUAACAGCUGAAUGGGUCUGUUCUCCAAGAUCCUUACUGUGUGCUGUAACAAAAUCAAGAUUCAUUCCCCUGUGUAUUUAUAAUUCUUUUUCAAUUCAAUAGUACUGAUUUGCUUAUAAACUAAACAGUAAAGGAAAAACCUUUGAACUGCUUGAAGUUUUCUUCAAAUGAAUUAUUUAACAACUCAGGGUAAAGGUGAUGCAAUUAUUUCUGUUUCAGUAAGUUACCAUCUGAGAUGUAAUGACUGACCAUGUGCAUGUUCAUAACAUCAGUAAAACUCAAGGUAAAAAGAUUUGGUAGGUCUCUGAAAUGGUUUAAGCAAGUAUGCAUUCAUUGCUUUGCACUGUUCCAGCUGGAGAGAGAGCACAGGGUCAGGUCCUGCUCCUUCCUUGAAGGAGCAGGAACUCAUGAAACAUUCAGAACUAAAUCCCUGAUGUUGCCUAACAGAGCACUAAAUAUUCAGAAGAAUCACAGAAUUCACUAAGUCACAAAUCUUUGAGAAGUCGUGUAUCUAAUUCCCAUUGAUUUUAAGAUCCAGGCCACUUCCUGCCUUCAGAUCUGCCAACUCAGACUUGAAUCAGUUUUCUAGGGAACAGACAUCUGAUAAUUUUCAGUGUGUCUUUGUAAAUUGUUUUCUUGACACUAACAGGUGAUGUGUUGUGACACAGCAAUUUUUAAGUACAUAUGACAAAAAAGCCUAACUGACAUUUCAGUAAAUCUGUAACAUGACCAUUUGCAAAACCAAACUCUAGGCAUAUUUCAGUAUUAUUUAUAAAGGGCUGCAUUUUAUUUCAAAACAGUGUUUGAUUAUUUUAUAAUCACUAUCCCGUUUCAGUGUUUGUUUCUCUUAUAAUUUGCUUUUAACAUAGCACUGUUCUGAAAAAAAAAAAAGAAAACACAAACUUGAAGCCUCCCCUAAAUCUGUGGCUAUUUUGAUAACAUCGUACACCAGAGAAUUUGUUGGGGGGGAGGGAAAUCUCAUUCUCAGGAAAAGACUUGAAUGAUUUGUGAUUCUGUUCUGUUUCAGUGUUGUGACAACUCCAUUCACAUAAGACAGUAUUGUGCUAUGAGUAUGUAGUCCAUUCAGUUUCAUGGGAGACUAAAAUGAUAUUCGUAUUUCUCUCAUUGAACUGCUGUGAGAGAAACUGCCUCACUACUACGAUGUGCUCAUUUACUAAGAGAAAAGAUGCACAGGAAUGAGAUGUCAUUAAGCAGUUUAGAACAGUACUUUUUUAAAUUAUUAUAAGGCCUUAGGCAUCAGUGCAUCUGGAUUAUAAACAUUUUCUCAAAAAUGCUGUCAGUUUACUGUAAUUUAUGUUCUUAUAUUUAUGUAUAUUUGUUAAAACUGUAAAAAAAAAGAAAAAAACACUUUAAAAUAUAUGUUUAAUAUGUAUGUGGCUCAAAACUAUUUGUGGUUAGCUGAUUCCUACUGUUUGCAUGUAUAUCACCAGGAUAUGUAACUCUUAUAAUUCAAGUGUAUACAUAUUGUGUAUAUAGGAUAUAAAUAAUAUUAAAAAGGGGGGGAAAGAGGGUUUGCACAUUCUGCCUGUUAGACACUUCCUACAGAUACCAUUGUAGGAACAUCUUGAAUAACAAUAUGAAACUGUGUAUAAUAUACAGUGAUUCAAGAAACCAGGAGGUUGGAAUUAACUGACACACAUAUGGUGAAUAACUUCAAAAGAAGUUUUAUCAUGGGAGGCUUUUUAUUUCUAAAAUCUGUUCUAUGAUUUAACUGAAGAUUUGCAACACCAUAAAGACACACGCAUCAACCUAAUCAAAGUGAGCUUAAAUACGUGACGGGAAUUCUUUGAGUAAUUUAAAAUAUUUCUGAAUGUAUUAUGAAAUUUGCAUUUGUCAACAGGUUAAAGGUUUGUGCAAUGUCUAAAAGUAGAAUGUGAAUAAUGCAGUUGAAAAUUUCAUUGCUCGCAGUAUAAGGUUUUACUUAAUACAGGAAAAGUAAAGCUAGAGAUGCUUUUCCUUUUUAAGCCUGCAAAUUUUCUAAUUACAGUGGAUCUUUGGUUGGGAUCAUGUUUAAAAAAAAAAAAAGAAAAAGAAAAAAAAAAAUAAAGCUUUCCAUAAAGGCCAGUAUUUAUCACUGACCUUUCCAGAACACACUGGUGCUUUCAUCAGGGGUAUUACUAUUGUUGCUACGACUGAAUUGCCAAACUCUCGUCUUAGUUUUUGGAGCAGAAUUUCAUCUUCUAACAGUCAUAAUAGCUACUGAAUUUUAUUUUUUUUUUAAUGUUAGUAUGACUGUUAGUUUUUAUUAUUUGGCUGUUUAAAGCCAAAUUCAGCUAUUUAAUUCUGAUUUAUUGGGCACUGUUGAAAAUUGUACAGUGUAUUGUGUGCUUACUUGUCCACUUCUAUGGAGCAUAGCUUCCAUAUUUUUUCAAAUGCUGUGCUGUAAAAUAUUGUCAUUGCUACUUAUGUGGUACAGUGUAGUUUUUUCCUUUCAUUUAAAUAAAAGCAUGGCACCAAAAUAACAUUUUUUGUUUUCUUGCUUACCUCUAAAUAGAAACUAAAAUUAUUAAAUGUUGACAUUAAAGUAUAAA